AUGCAGAAAGAUCUGCAGUGGUUUGAGAAAGUGAAGAAAUUGAUGCCCAGGGACCUUCAGUACAGCCGCAACGCGGAGGAAAUGACGGCGCAGGAGUGCUUCUCAAAGAACCACAAGAACAUGGCGAGGAAAGGCAAGGAGGAGCUCACCCAGCUGGGGCAGACUUGCGCCAGCCUUGUGGCAGCAUUCGUCUUCGCUUCGAGUUUUUCCAUUCCUGGUUCCGACGACAGCGGAGGCGGCGGCAAUAUCUACGGCAAGGCGGCAUUUAUUGUGUUCAAGAACGCAUUCGUGUUCGGGUUAUCCUGCGCCGCAACGGCGCUGGUUCUGUUCUUGUCUUUAGUUACCUCGUCGUACAGAGAGAGCGAAUUCCGGCGUUCAAUCCCGACCAAGUUCUUCUUCGCAGUUUUAUCAUUCGUUCUGGCGCUAAUCUCCCUCCUGGUGGCCUUCGCCUGUAAUAUCUUUUUACAGAUUUACACCGGGAGGAGGAUAGGUGCAAAGGAACUCAUUCCCUUCGUGUGCGAGCUGACCGUCUUCCCGGCCUUCGCGUGGUUUGUGCUGCUCUACCGUGGUAGUUCCUUCGGCGUGAUUUCGCUCGUUCAGCAUGUAUGGCGUUAG